GUUUCUACCCGUAACCCGUCAGGAGUCACCGCCUCACCGGUCGAUCGAUCUGCAGUAACUGCAGCCAUGGCCAUGAGGGCAAUCACACUGUCCCACUCUCAGAGCGCCUCGUUUGGGCACCACCAGAGCAGCCCAUCCUUCAGGCCAAGCACCGCCUCCCCUAGAUCAGUGAAGGUCCAUGCAAAGGCAGAUGAGGAGAAAGGCAGCAAGCAGUCCUUGUUCGGGAGCAUCACUGAGGCGCUGGACUUCUCGCAGGUCCGCUCAGAGAAGGAUGCAGAGCUUCUCUACGAAGCCAGAGAGGCCACCAAGGAUGGAGGAAGGAUGACAAAGGAGCAGUAUGGAGCACUUCGGAGGAAGAUUGGUGGCACCUACAAGGAUUUCUUCAAGUCAUAUGUUGAUGUUGAUGGGGAGUACGUAGAAGAAGGUUGGGUGGAUAAGACCUGCAAAGUUUGCAAGAAGGACACCAGAGGGGAACCCAGGCAGGUUGACAAGCUAGGAAGGUAUGCGCAUGUCGCAUGCCUGGAGAACCCAAAAUCGACCAACAUCUUUGCCAAAUUAUUCGCCAGAUGAGCUGUAUGAAGUACGAUCAAAGACAUCAUUCUUACUCAUGUCUAGAUGUGUAGAUGGUAUUGUAGCCUCAAGAAUUUGAACAAUAUCAUAUUAUCAUGCGUUCAAUUUUUCCAUAUAAAAUGGUAUGAAGGGAGAAGGUC